AUGGGGACUGCCGUGAUCGACACCUCCACCGCGAGAGGUCCCUCAACGUCGCCCAAGAAGUCACACAAAUCACCUCCACGCCCAGACGCUGCUACAGACAUCAAGACGGAUCCGUCAGCCAGGAACGACGCUGCAUCCAAUGCCGAAGCCGCCAAACCUCUGGCGCCGCCCCCACGACCCGGUCAACAACAAGGAACGAAUACACCCGACUACUUCUCAACCCAACCCGGCGGAGGAUCCCUCAGCUUGGAGCCGAAUCCUUUCGAACAGUCCUUUGGGGGUGGACAGCCAGAAACACCUGGGGGAACCAAGCUGCCCCCAGUCCACGCCUUGACCUCGCCGUCAUCAUUGCUGCCCGGAAGCAACGCGACACCUUUCAAUUGGGGCGGAGGCUCGCUGCGCACCGGUCCCCUAAGUCCUGCGAUGUUAUCCGGACCCGCCAACGACUACUUCGGAGAGACCCAUGGUCUUCGAGGCGGCUUCCCGACUCCAAACGAGUCUUCACUACGAUCCGGUCUGACCCCUGGAGGUAGUGGCUCCAUGUUCCCAGCGCCAAGUCCCAACUCAUCUGCCUUCAUUGCGCAACUGGCAAGCGGCGGAGCGACACCGAGCACCCUCGAUUUCCACAGAACUGCGAUGAGCGCAGCUGCGAAGCGGGAAACCACGAACGGAAAUCCACAGAUUCAACAAGCCCCUCAAGUUGCAGCAGCCCAACCGCAAGAUUUAACAAACGGCAUCGCAGUUGAGCCAAAGACCGAACCAAAGUCUGCCUCUGGACCAUUCGAUCCUCACGACAACGACGCUGCAAACGGUUUGUUCAUGCUUGCGCAGGGUAGAAACGGUGCACAAAACCCGAACCAGUUUGGCGUCUCAGCAGGCGCACCCGGCCAGGGUCAUCCUGUCACAGCUCCCCAGGUUGAUAUCAACCCUCCAAAGAUGAACAUGAACGGUGGCAUGGUUGAUGCCGUUGGACGUGGGGUCAGCGAAGUUAGCAACAUGUCGGAUGAGAGUGAGCAGCCCAAGCCCAAUACCCGAGGAAAAGGCAAGAAGAACCCUCCCCCGGUAAAUGGUCGAAGGAAAGCGGACGAAGUGCCCGCGAAAGCCCCACCCAACAAAAAGUCCAAACCAAACAGUCUCCCUCCAGAUGAUCUAAGCGCAGAGCCGUCAGAUGACGACGACAUGAGAGAUGACAAUGGUGGAUCCAAGGGCAAGAUGACGGAUGAAGAAAAGAGAAAAAAUUUCUUGGAAAGAAAUCGUGUCGCCGCUUUGAAAUGUCGCCAGCGCAAGAAGCAAUGGCUUGCGAAUCUGCAAAGCAAGGUGGAGAUGUUCAGCAACGAGAAUGAUGCCCUCACCGCUCAAAUCACACAGUUGCGGGAAGAAGUCGUGAACCUCAAGACACUACUCCUGGCUCACAAGGAUUGUCCAGUCACGCAGCAACAAGGCCUACAUGGAGCUUACAUGAACCAAGUUGUUGAGCCCUUUAACCCACAAAUGAACCCUUACGGAAUGGCCGCGCCAUUACCCGGUCAGCAAGUUAUAGCAGGCCAAGGUGUUCAGCGACGCUUCUCUUAG